CUAAUUAAUUCGCUAUAGUAAAUAUCGUUUUAUUAUGUCACUAGAAAUAUAAAUUUUAAAAAUUUUAGAGGUGGUUGCAUUAAGAGAAUUCUUUGCCUAAAGAAAAAAAAAAUGAGUGCUUGAGAAAUCUUACCUUUCUCGUAAUUUUAGAUGCUUCUUCAUCGCUACAAUUUCUCUCCUUUCACUCUUCUUCUACGCUCUUGUCUUUAUAUCCGAUCUACCUCGUUUCCUUUCAAAUCCCUAAAUCGUCUCCUAUAUCCUCUCACAAAUGGACAAACCCAAGAUCUGAAAAGCUUAUGUCUUUUCUCUUCCCAUCGCCUGAUUCGAGCCUAAAGCUCGGUUUUUUUCUUCUGGGUAUUUAGGGUUUUAGGGUAUUGUAGAAUCAUGGCGAGUUUGAGUGGGAGUUGGAGAGAUGCGUAUAAAGGAAUGUCGUCGGAUAAUAUAAAAGGUUUAGUCUUGGCUUUAUCUUCGAGCUUAUUCAUUGGUGCUAGUUUCAUUGUUAAGAAGAAAGGUCUCAAGAGAGCUGGUGCUUCUGGUCUCAGAGCAGGUUCUGGAGGUUACUCUUACCUGCUUGAGCCUCUCUGGUGGGUAGGCAUGAUAACGAUGAUUGUUGGGGAAAUUGCCAAUUUUGCCGCUUAUGCCUUUGCGCCUGCCAUUUUAGUAACUCCUCUCGGUGCUCUCAGCAUAAUUAUCAGCGCUGCUCUUGCUCAUGUCAUCCUACACGAAAAGUUGCAUACUUUUGGGCUUCUUGGUUGUGUCUUAUGUGUUGUUGGUUCGAUAACUAUCGUCUUACAUGCUCCUCAAGAACAAGAGAUUGAUUCUGUGUUGCAAGUAUGGAAUCUUGCAACAGAACCUGCUUUUCUUCUCUACGCUGCAGCAGUAGUAGGAGCAGCCAUUAUACUCAUAGUUCAGUUUGUACCACAGUACGGACAGUCACAUGUCAUGGUCUAUAUCGGGGUUUGUUCUCUUGUUGGAUCAUUGUCGGUCAUGAGCGUCAAAGCGCUCGGGAUAGCAUUAAAGCUUACGUAUUCAGGAAUGAAUCAGUUAAUUUACCCUCAGACAUGGGUCUUCUCGCUGAUAGUUCUCACCUGCGUGAUAACCCAAAUGAACUAUCUAAACAAGGCGCUUGACACAUUCAACACGGCUGUAGUUUCACCCAUAUACUAUGUUAUGUUCACAUCGUUGACCAUCCUGGCUAGUGUCAUCAUGUUUAAGGACUGGGAUCGACAGGACGGAACUCAGAUUGUGACGGAGUUGUGUGGGUUUGUGACAAUCCUUUCAGGAACCUUUCUGCUUCACAAAACAAAGGACUUGGUUGAUGGUUCUUCGUCCUCGGGAAAUUUGGUUAUCCGUCUUCCUAAAAAUUUGGAAGAUAGUAAUGGGUUUGAGCAAGAAGGGAUUCCACUCACUCUCAGACGCCAGGAGUGCACCAAGUCGCCAAGGCCAAUGCGUCACCUCAUUCUACCGCAAGACGGUCUUGAAGCUGUGUAAGGAGAUACAAAGUAGAUUCAAUAUAUGUAUACCAGGAGGCUGCAGAGACGGCGUGAAGAAAGGAGAAGAGAAAGAGGAGAGAUAGAUUAUUGUUACAAGUUGCAUAGGGAAUUUUUCACACAUUCAUUUGUUUUGCUUUCUCUAGAUUUUGGUCCUGAAGAGAUGUGAAAUGUGUAGACAGAUUGAUGAACUGUUAUAUAACACAUAAGUAUAGUAAAUUGGUAUCGGUCGUCACAUUUUAGCAAAACAUGUUUCAUUUAUCAUAACAUUGGUCUAAGAA